GACACUUUUGAUGAGUCUCGCUUACUAGAGCACGCUUAUCAACACUCAUUGCUUUAUGAAUCAUCACAGCCGGAAACAAAUUUCGGGACAACUACUGCUACCAAUUCUUCGUCAACAUCCUCACCAAAUUUAAGGAUUCCUCAGAGCGCAAGCAAUUACUUCACACAUAAGCUUGAGAAGAUGUGUACGGACAAACUGUCACUAAAAAACGUUGAUCCAUCCUUGUUUGGCGCUUCUCAGUGGCCAAUAUCAAACGUUGUCUUUGUCUUCUGGAGGUUCUUUUGGCUGGUAUGGCACUUCGUUUGGACUUACUUCAGUAUACAACAUGAACUGAAUCUCGGCCAUGGCUGGAAGUGGCUCAUCUACAUGACCAACCACUCUUACUUUAUGUUAACAAUGCAUAGUCUGUUCUUUUUUCUUGUUCUACUGUAUCAAAGGAUUAGGCAGCCUGUUGAGACCAAAUGGUAUCACAGUAUAGUGUGGCUCUUGACCACCUUGUCAUUUGACACUGCCAUACUGGUCAGUCUACUUUACUGGACCUUGGAAUAUAAAGGUGUGUUACGUGUUCAUUCCAUCAUGACUCACGCCAUCAACAGUGUGUAUGUGUUGUUAGAUGUAGUCCUAGUGGCUCUACCUGUACGUCCACUUCAUAUGAUCUACACUCUGACCUACUACGUCUUCUUCUUGGUGUUUAGCAUCACUUAUCAACUGCUGGGAGGCACCAAUUCCUUAGGCGAACCCUACAUCUACAGAGCUCUGAAUUGGAACAAGGUGGGUCCUUCGCUGCUCAUAAGUUCCAUUGUGAUUUGUGCAGGUGUCCCCCUGGUUCACCUGUUCCAGUUUGCCUGUUACACCUGUCGUGAUUGUGUCUACAGAAGAAGCUUUGGAAGUGGCAAGAUCAAGGCUGUAGACGAGCCUAUCGAGGUUAAAGUGGAGGCUCAGCAAAGUGAAAAAUUGAAUCGCUGAAAACAAAACAAAACAAAAAGAAAACAAACCAACACACAACAUGAACACAUCUAGUGUCUGACGUGUGACGUCAUUUAGCUCUACAGUUAGUUGAUCCACCUUGGUUACUACACAAACAAACUAGAAAGAAAAGAAGCAGCUGAGAGCUAUUGGGGUGGGGGGGGGGGCAGUGCUCAUAGAAGAGAGAACAAAAAUCCCAGCAUUAACGUCCCCAAGCAUCUUGAAAUGUUACAGUACUAAUAAUAUAGUUGGAAGAAUUGGGGAAAAAGGUGUACGUGGGGGGGGGGGUAUCUCUACUCUCUCCCACAGCUAUGGCUGGGGAUAUCUCCUCUCUCUCCUACAGCUAUUGCUGGGUAUCUCUACUCUCUCCCACUGCUAUGGUUGGGGUUAUCACCCUCUCCCACAGCUAUGGCUAAAGGUAUAUCCACUCUCUCCCAUAGCUAUGGCUGGGGGAUAUAUCCAUUCUCUCCCACGGCUAUGGCUUAGCUGACUUUACUUUUAAACCCAGCUCUGUAGACCCCUGUGUACCAAGUUACCACGAUAAUAAGUAUUAUUACAGUAUUACAUUGUGUACCAUUCUCUGAAUAUCUAUCGCCACUUCUUAAAAAAACAACUUCUCUGAUUAUGUGACAUGUGCCCAAGUGUUCUAGUGUUGUCAAGGACGCCAGUUGAAGUCAUGACUCACUACAGCAAUGCUGCCGCCUUCAUGUUGCUGAACGUCUUGUCAUGUUGCUGAUAAACCAAAUUCUCUUUUUAUCCUUCAAAAAAAUGAAUGGAAUGUUUGCUUAACAAUAAGCCAGGAAUGAGGGGCGGGGGAAAGCUAUGUUUGACCUUUGACACAGCUUGUGUCAACUAAUGAUUAAUAGCAAAUAUAAAUGUAGACCUAUAUUAGUCAUAACAGGGGAAAUAAUGAGAUCCUAUUUUAAGGUAAUUGAUAUUUACAGAGUUACGAGUCUUUAUUGUAGGCCUAUCAGCACUAAGAAAUCGACUACGUGCUAGUUGUUCCGUUUUGUUAUUCUGUCGGUUUCACUGCAUGUUAGGAAUGUCUGCUUAGCAUUGGACAGGGACGUCAGACAUUCCAAUCUUGGUCUCUCUUAAAGCAAUGCAUUGACAUCAACACUGACCUAUAUUUGGAGAUAUUUCACAGGAAUGUUGAUGUCAUAAAUUUUGAGCUGUUCGCUUCCACACAUUUACCCCACACACGUGUUGACGUUGAUUCUUUUUGCAAGCACACACACAUACACACAUGAUUGACAUCACGUGACGGACAGAAAUGUAAUACAUAAAAGAAUCAUGUAGGGCCAAAAGGUUUUUAUAUAAAAAAAAAAAGAAUAAAAUGAAAACAUAAAAGUUCCUAUCUUUUUGAUUUCACAUAUUUUGUUAAAGUUUUAAUAUUUUCUUUAUUUUAAAAUGUGUAUACAUCUACGAAGAGAAACGAGUAUCUUUUUCAACCUUUAGAAUCUGACAAUGAAAGUAGACUGAUUGGGUUCAUUCAGACAGACAGGAUUUUUUUAAAAAAGACACUUUUAGACCUAAAUGUGACGUAAACAGUUACGUGGUAUGGAAAUGAUGAAUAUUUUCUAA